GAGGGGGCCGUCGAAUGGGUUAAACAAAAAAAUCUCCAGCCAAACGGCUCGGUGGAAGUCCGCAAAAAAAGCUACGGACUUUGUCUCCGUUGGGCAAACACGGAUGCUUAAGUUGCAAAUCUGUAAUCGCGCAAAGCAAUCACUCAGAGCGGGAGAGUAACACGUCGUCCAUCUGUGCUGUCAGCUUUGCUCGGACCAAGGUGAGCGUUUGAGAACAUCCGCCCGCGCUCCGAGGCCGGCCACGAUGCGAGUGGCCGUGGUGGGCGCGGGAGUCAUCGGACUCUCGUCGGCGCAGACCAUCUACGAGCGCUACCGGCACGAGGCUCCCGACCUCCACAUCACCGUCUACGCUGAAGCCUUCUCCCCGCACACCACGGGCGACGGCUCGGCGGGGUUCUGGCAGCCGUACGCCCUAGGCGAGAUGUCCCCCGCUGAAAAGAAAUGGAACAAAGAUACAUUUGACUAUCUCUUGGGCUUGGUCAACUCUCCUGAAGCAAGCGAGAUGGGCCUUUUCCUCCAGUCUGGCUACAACCUGUUUGAAAACCCAGUUCCAGAUCCUGCCUGGAAGGACAUUGUCUUGGGAUUCAGGCACCUCACAAUUGACGAGCUGAAGAUGUUUCCAGGGUGGAGCUACGGGUGGUUUAACACUACAUUAAUGCUGGAAUGCAAAAAAUACCUCCCCUGGCUGAUGAACAAGUUGAAAAGUUAUGGAGUCCAGUUUAUUCAGAAGAAAAUCCACUCAUUUAGUGAGCUGAGCGCGAGCUACGAAGUGAUCCUGAACUGCACCGGCGUGUGGGCAGGAGACCUACAGCCCGACCCCCUUCUCCAGCCCGCUCGGGGGCAGCUGAUGAAGGUCUUUGCUCCGUGGAUUAAACAUUUCAUCGUCACCCACGACACAAAUAAAGGCGUGUAUGAAACUCCCUACAUCUUGCCAGGGAGCUCUGGCGUGGUUGCCUUGGGUGGCUGCUUUCAGGUGGGGAACUGGAAUCAAGGCAUCGACAAGAAAGACAGAGCCAAUAUCUGGGAGGGCUGCUGCAACCUCGUGCCAAGCCUGAGCAAAGCUCGCCUCGUGGAAGAAUGGGCUGGACUGCGGCCAGCCAGGCAUGCAAUUCGCCUGGAGCGAGAAAGCCUCAGGCAAGGAGGAGCUGUACAAUCCGAGCCAAAUGAAGUUGACUCCAAGAUUAUUCACAACUACGGCCACGGUGGCUAUGGGGUGACAAUCCACUGGGGCUGUGCCCUGGAGCUGGCAAACAUCUUUCGUCAGAUAGCACUGGAGAAGAAGCACGGUCCUCACUCCCGUUUGUGACCGCCUUGCAAUGAUGUCCCGAUCAAAGGCAGUUUUAUUAUUGAAGAGCAAAUCCCACGCUCUGUCACGAACGUAUGGGACAUUGAUAAAGGCGAGUGAUUAGUCCCGUAAAAUGAUUCGCACAACCACACGCCAAUGUAACGAUGCUAUGCAUCACGACUCACAUUGCUGUUGUUGAAAAAACUGAGAAAAUAAUGAAUGUCAAGUUGUUUUAGUAUUUACCAAGGUGAUUUUAUUGUUUCACAUUAAUUAUGUUAUGCCUUUGACGUAUAAAUAAUUAGUUUUGUGAAAAACGGUAAACACUACUAAUAUGGUCCCAUCACGAUCAGUUUGUCAGCAAUAUUCCUGUGUGUGCAAUUAAAACUGUGUAAGAUUUAAUAAUAAUAAAAAUACAUUCCAAGGA